AUGACCUCAACUAAAACUCCGAGUAAAGCACCAACUGGGCCUCCUUCUAGAUCACCUACGAAGGCUCCCACUAAAUCACCUACAAGGGCACCAACCAAAGCCCCCACAAAAUCACCGAGCAAACCACCAACAAAGGCCCCUUCUAAAUCACCCACACUAUCACCAACAAAGUUUCCAACACCGGUUCCAACCAGCACACCAACUGCAGGUGGAUUUGUUUUCACUCGGCCAACACUAUUAGCAGCAAUUGCCGCAGAUGACUUUUCUCCUUCAAGUCCAUAUGGAGCAAUUGCCACUUGGGAUGUCUCCAAAGUUUCAGAUUUUUAUGCAUUGUUCAAAACCAAGACUACUUUUAAUGAAAACAUUGACACAUGGACCACAAGCCAGGUGACUGACUUCCGCUUGACAUUCGACGGCACAUCUAGUUUCAACCAGCCUUUAUCAUCCUGGGACACGUCCUCAGCCACCAGUAUGAAUUUAAUGUUCUAUGGAAGUACAUUUAAUGAGGAUAUUUCCACAUGGGACGUAUCAAAGGUUGUUGGCAUGGGCUUCAUGUUUGGGGCCUCCUCCUUCAACCGCAAUAUUGACUCCUGGGAUGUGAGCAGUGUCACUCGUUUUGAUUCUGCAUUUGAACUAGCCACAAACUUCAACCAGCCGCUUGGUUCCUGGAAUGUUGGGAAUGGAAAUCAAUUUGGCUAUAUGUUUUAUCAAGCCACAAACUUCAAUCAAGACCUCAGUAGCUGGGAUGUCAGCAAGGGGGCAAGAUUUUCUUCAACGUUUCAUCAAAGUAACUUCAAUCAAGAUGUAUCCGGUUGGAAUGUUGCAAAGGGAACCACUUUCAACUCCAUGUUCUACAGCAGCGCUUUCAACCAAGACCUGUGUGCCUGGGGGAAUGGAGCCAACCCAAUUGCACUCAACACAGCCCCCACCGCGGCCAUGUUUGACGCUACGCCUUGCCCAACAAAUACAAAUCCAGAUUUGAAUGCUUCCCCAAGAGGGCCAUUCUGCUACACAUGUUAA